CCAAGCCACGCCCACAUGUUUCAUUCUGGGGAAUUUAUCAGAUCCAACAGGCUGAGAGCUCUGCAAUCCAGACUCAACACCAGAGCAGAGCAGAGCAGAGGAAGCUUACAGGCUCUCCAUGCUCACAAACGCAGCAUCCCAGCUGUUUCUUCACUCCUGUGGACAUUAAACCCUCGCAGCUCUGACAGGAUGGAUUUCUUGGACAUGCGCUCUCCUUACGACUACACCUUUAAUUUCUGGAACGACUAUCUCGGUCUGUCUACUCUUGUCGCUAAAAACAAAAUCAACAGCCCGUCCUGCAACCCAAACUCUAUUACAGAGUCUCUGAAAGCGACCCUGGGUUUGGAGGAUGACUCUCCGGUUUGCUCCUGCCUGGUCGGGCAGGGCAGAGAGGGGCCCCUGGACUGUUGCUGCUGCUGCGGGGCGGCCCCUGGCUCCCCACCGAUCUCCAUCUACGACCUGAAAGAGCGCAUCUCACUCUUCAGACCGUACGAGCAGCUCGGGGGUAGAGAGUCCCCCUCCCACGGUGGGAGCCUCACCGCCUGCGACCUGUUUUCCGCGGAGAGGAGGCGCAAACAGACGCAGAGGUGCAAACCGGAGCCGAAGGUGUGCGUCUUCUGUCGGAACAACGGCGCCCCGGAGGAGGUCUACGGGACCCACAUCCUGAAGACAGCGGACGGGAGAGUCCUUUGCCCGAUCCUCCGGGCGUACACCUGCCCUCUGUGCAGCGCCAACGGCGACAACGCGCACACCAUCAAGUACUGCCCGCUUUCCAAGGACCAGGCGAGCCAGAGGGUUCCCAAGGGGGGCAGAGCGUUUGGAAAAAGACUGAAGAUCUUCUGAGCAAGAGCAGAAAGAAAGCUGAAGUUGCACUGUUCCAAAUCCCUAAUGCGGAGAGAACGACUUGAAGAAAGCAAACCUGAUUUAUAUUCGUUUUCUAUGUGUCACAGCUUUGUUUGUAAAUGAUUUGGUCUUUAUUGUAACUGUUUGAGCACAUAGUUUACACUCGGACGCAGUGUGCGUCACAGUCCCCCCCAGCACUCUAAAGAUAAGAACCAAAGUACUGUACAGCUCGACCUGUGAAUGACCACUUCCAUGCUGCCAUGCAGACAGCCCUGUGCAUGCACCCAGCUCAUUAAUAAAUAUGCAGCUCUUCCUAUAUGUGAAUGUCAGCUGUCCACUGCUCUGUGGAUGGAAGAAGUCUGACAGGCCAAGAUGCAAACACGUCCUUAUAUCCAGCACAUAUUUUCAUGAGAUAAAAACGUUUUCUACCAAAGUAAAACACUUUUAUAUCGAAAAUUAAAGCGAAAUGGGAUUUUCCUGAACUGUUUCUAUGUUGAAUGUCUUAUAUUCUAUAUGUGAGAUGAAGUGAUUAAAAAUGUCAACUAAUUGUACAUUAGAGGAAGAAAUAAUCUGCCCAAACUAGUUCCCCUUUGUCCAAGAAAAAAAAAAAGUUUGUUCUUUUUUGUGGAUUCUUGUAAAUGUAAAAAAAAUAAUUUUAGAGAUAAAAAGCCUGACAUUCCAAAGUCUUUAAUUGUCAAUAAAAAUGUUUUAUGUACUUAUUUUUACCUUAUGUACCGCCGGGAAUAUAUUCAUUGUUACGAACUUCUAAAUAAAGAUGUGAUUUGC